GGACUUGCCCAAGGCCAUUCAUUGCCUUCAUUUCCUUUUGUCGAUACCAUGCAAGCACAGAGCACACGCACAGAAGCCGCUACGACCGCUGCUCAAAGCGUCGUUGCCGUUCAGACUCUAUUGAAAGCGAGUCUGGGCUGUAUCACGUUCCUCCGGGAUCUUUUACCUAGCGACAACUUCACUGACAGCGCGUCUUUGUUGUGUUUUGUGACGCGUAUCAUUGACCCUACUCAGGCCACUUCACCUCGGACGAUUCCUUCCUCUCUCAACCCUCGGAUUCGAAUCGGUCCUUCGACAGCACGCGUAGUAACAGCAAGAACGUUAACGGAUUCAGGAUCAUGGUGUGCAAACUCCACUACCUAUCUUGCGCCUGCCAUGACUCCCCAGACUAUGACGCGCGGUUACACGGACGAGGCGGACAGGAUUCUCAACUACCUGGAAUACGGUAUAUUCGAUGCGCUUCAGAAACAGUACCUUCGAAGUUUCAUUUUCGCUAUAUACCUGGAUGAGAAGGAUCCAAACAACAUCGUGGAAGCCUAUACCUUCAACUUCCAGUACCACAAACUUCCCGGAACUAAUACCAUGGUGCCGAUCAUGAGCCUCGGCGAAACGCUGGACAAGAUGUCGCUCAAAGAUCCGGUCGUCCAAGCGGCACAGCAGGGCAAGGCGCCAACCCUAAAGGACGUGAAGAAGAGUGUCAAGACCGUGCUGAAAACGCUCAUCCACUCAACGACCCAGAUGGACGUCCUCCCGAAGCGUCGUUUCGCCGCCUUCAAGCUGUUCUACACGGAUGAAACACCAUCCGAUUACGAGCCUCCUCAUUUCAAGAGCGGAGAUGCCGACAAGGACAAGUGGUAUUUCAUGACACAUGAUCUCGACGAGGUCCCCGAUCGAUGGAAUGUGGGGCAGCUUGACACUGGACAUCAUAGCAUCAACCUGAGCGUCGCCUCCAUCGCAACAUACCUCCCGUCCUGUACAGAGAAUGACAACGCGACUUUCACCGGCACGACGACUCGAGGCCUCUCGGGACCUGCAAUGACUCCUGCUGAGGAGGCUGCGUUCCGGGCCGAUCAGGCUGAGAAGCAAACAACCGAUGCUGAAACCCGCAACAUCGUCUGGUCGGCUGACGCAUCGGUCGAGGGAAUCGGUAACAACACGCCGGUACUGUCGGAGGAUGUCGUCAAAGGGGACGGUGAAUAUGUGCCCGUCGGCAUUAGAAAGGAUGACGGUGCUAUCGCACCAGUGCCGGCUAUGGAGGCGGAAGAAGCCCAUUUUGGGGGCGCCACUCAGACUGUCCCGACGCGGCUGGAAGAACUGAAUGCACAGAACAAGCUUGCCGAUGUGGACAUGGACCAGACGCAGACCCUGGAUAUCAAUCAACUCGGCAGCGAGCUCCAGCCAUCGUUGCCGGCUUCUAGUAUUAUGACGACGGAAACAGAGAUCGACACGCAGGUGUUGCAAGAUCUCGUUCUCAACAACCAGGCAUUUGCGGAGGACAGUGAAAUGCUUGACAUGGAGACGCAAGUCGUGGAGGACAUGGAUCCGAUUCAGUCGCUGCAGUCCAUCGACAGCUCGAUGGUCGACCAGAUCGAGGAGGACCAGAUCGAGGAAGACCUGCCUACGCCCAGGCCUGCCAAGAAGAAGAGGGACGUCGUGGAUCGCGGGCUGCGAUGUGAAUGUGAUGUCGAUGUGAGCAGUCUCUUGAGCGAUGUUUCGCGAGUAAUCUGCAUCCAGAUGGAUGGGGACACCUGCUUGUGCGGCGACUGUGGUAGACGAUACCACGUGUGGUGCAUGGGAUUCCAUUCCCCCGCAGACAGCCGUAUCCCGGAAGACUUCACUUGCUUCGAUUGUCGUGCUCGGGCCGAUAAUUCGUGGGAGUUGAUUCAGCUUGAUCUGUAUCCUCAAAUGUUGUCCAAGUUCAAGGAUCUUGCACUGUUCAGGUGUGUUGUGCAGGCUGAAGUCCAGAACGGUGCGACUAAUGAGCAGAACAGACGGGCUAUCAAGGUUGUAGAGACGUACAAUCCAGAAGUCGUGCUUGAUUUCGCGAAGCGUAUAGGUUGCAACAACGUUCUUGCACGCCAGCUGUUCAAGCGCCUCGAGAAUGAGGGUUUCAUCCAGGAAUUGUUGAUGGAGGUCAACGACAUCGGGUUUGCGGAAGCGAAACCAGGCAAGAACAAGUCCAAGGCGAAAGCCAAACCACGCAAGAACGUGCAAAAGACGAAAUAUAACUUCAAUCGCGCCUGUCUCUCAAGUCCCGCAUACAACGACUACUUCAAUCCGGAUCCUCGCGUAGAAAGCCGGCUGUUGGAUGUACCGAAGACGAAAGCGUAUGUGAAAUCGCACCGGCCGCUGCCGACCUCGUUGCCACGAAUGGAGACGUUCGACGAAUCGCAGACGCAAGCUGAGACGCAAGCUGAGACGCAAGCUGAAACGCAAAUACGACCCAGCAAGCGACUGCACUCUGACGACGAGCCCCGCCCGAAGAAGAAAGUCAAGAUAUCGCUUGCGCCUGCUGUUGAUCUUGCUGAAUGAAAGGAACUUCUUCGUCUGUGCUGUUGUGCUUCUCUUGUGCUUCCUGUAAUGCUCUGUGUCUCUCGGAUGUAUUUGCUGUAUUCUCGUCAAGAAUGUUCUGUUGUGCUGGACCUAAAAGCUUGAUACUUGGCAGUCUGCAAGUCGUCACCGAGCGUCACGUCAAUCAGCGGCGAGAACAAUCCAUCAUGAUUGAAUUGAGAUCUGGUCUGUGUUGAUGGCCUCUUGGACUUCGUUACUUGAGAUUCCAUUCAUUCCUCGUUCACGACGCGCAGCAUCAAUAGUGACCUUGUAUAAUGCGCGAACCAUGUAACUCAGCAACUGGAUAAGUCAAGUACAAGUUCUCAAAUCAUGUGUCAUCCAAUUGGCCCUGAGAGUGCUCAAAC